AAUCAGCAAGCAAGGACUCGUGUGAUUCUGGGCCUAGAGUCCUUCCCUACACCUCUCCCCUCACACAUACUUCGUUCCUUCCUCGUGCGGAUGUAGUUUCCGAGGGGACAGUGUUAGGUGUGACAUCCAGAGUGAAUUCGCCCGCGCUUUUUCAGGCUUUGGUGUUUUCCUUUGGCGCAUUCUCCGGUCUCUGAAGAGGUUGUUGACUCAUUCGUUUUAUCCAGCUGUGGUGGUGGUGUGUGUCUGAGCCCCGAAAUGAGUGUUAGAAGGGCACUGAAACUGGAUGAUCCAUUAGAAGAAAAUUCAUUUGCUUCUUCAAAAGUUACAAGGAAGAAAGGCAUUGCAACUUAUUCUCCAACAACUGGAACACGUCCAAUGACCCCAUUUUCUUCUCCCAGAAGAUCUGAAAAACGAAAGCACAGCAAUACACCAUCAAGUGGAGGGAGAAAAAUAGUGACACACUUCAGUUUGACUAAAAGAAAGGAAUCGACAGAAGAAGACAAUGAUGAAUUCAUGAUGUUGCUAUCAAAAGCUGAAAAAUCAUCAGAAGGGAUCUUGAAGAUAAUGCAGAAUUUACAUAGUAUACAGGCUCUGGAGAGAAACAGAGAGCUUGAAAAUCUCAUUGGCACCUUCUCUGCACCGUGUAACUUAAAAAGAGAAAUGAAGAAAACCAAAGAACUAAUGAUAAAAGUAACAAGACAGAAAUUAUUUGAGAAGAAUAUAGUACUUCCUCACAAAGAAUUAUGUCAUCUUGACAGUUAUGAAUUCCUUAAAGCCAUUUUAAACUGAGACACCUAGAAGAAAUGUAUUCUAUGAGCAAAACUUCUGCAUCUGCUUGAUCAUAUUUAAAGGAACAGAAGAAAUGUUUGUAAUUAAUCUGCCCGGUAAAUACCAGCUCGUAGCACUAGGCAGGUGCAAGACAAGAUAAAAUUUCUUGCAGCUAAUUUAAACUUUCUACACGCACCAGUAGAUAAUCUCAAUGUAAAUAAUACAUUUCUUCUUGACCCUUUAAUGUAAGCCAACGUGUAGAAGAAGACCUUACAUUCUGUGUCAUGUUUCUAUAUAUUUGAAACACUUGUGGAUAGAAUUACUAAAGUAUGUAUGACAGUGGUUCUUUGACAAAGCUUUAUUUUUUCUGGAACAAUGAAUAAACCUAAUGUGAGUGAAAUUGGGUAUCGGUUUUUCCACGUAAAAAUACUAGCUCCAUAUUAAUUUACAGAUUCCUUUUUUUUAAUGUGUUGAGAAGUAUAUCCUUUAGCCAUUAUCUUAGGAAUGUAUCUUUAUUAUUUAUAUGCUAGUCUUUUUUCUGUGCUCAUAGAAAAAAAUACUUUGAAAGUUUUUUAAGGUUUACACCUCAUAUGAAAUACUGCAAUACAUUUUCCAGCAUAGACAUUUAAAUGUGAAGUUAUUUUUUAGCUAAACUAUAUACUCCAAUGAAUUUUACAGAAAAGACCCUGGGAUAGCAUGCAAUCCCUUCCGAAUUAUUUUGAAGCAUUAAAUUCAAUUUCUUUUUC